CUGGCACAGCUGUCCGUCACUAUGGGGACGUCCAGGAUGUUCCGCAUUUUUGUAGUCCUGGGAUCAGCCUUCAUGAUCCUACUGAUCAUAUUCUACUGGGAUGAUGUCGGAGCCUCCCAUCUGUAUUUGAACACUCCUGUCUCGCCUGGUCCCAAAAUCCCACACCCCCAACCCCAGCAGCGAACUCAAACUUCCCGAACCCCGUCCUUCCUGUCCGACAUCGAUGCCUUCGUUAACCAGUUCUUAGAGCCAGGAACUGGUGAGCCCACAGACGCCGUCCCCGCUGAAACAAGCAACCAAUCAGACAAAGCUGAAGAACGGUACAUACCUCGACGGGAGUGGAAGAUUCACCUGACUCCAGUAGCAGCAGAGCUCCGCGAGAGACAGGAGCAGCGGCGGAAGUUACUUCAGGAGAUGUGUGCUAAUGAUAGCGUGGUGUUUCCUGGCAAAAACCGCUCGUUCGACGACAUUCCCAACAAGGAGCUGGAUCACCUCAUUGUGGAUGACAGACAUGGUAUUAUCUACUGCUAUGUUCCUAAGGUAGCGUGCAGUAACUGGAAGCGGAUCAUGAUAAUUCUCAGUGAGAGCCUCCUGCAUGAUGGCGUUCCCCAGAGAGACCCGCUGGCCAUUUCCAGAGACCUGGUCCACAACAGCAGCAUGCACUUCACCUUCAACAAGUUCUGGAAACGUUACGGAAAGUUUGCAAGGCACCUCAUGAAGGUGAAGCUGAAGAAGUACACCAAGUUUAUUUUCGUGCGGGACCCUUUUGUUCGUCUCAUCUCUGCCUACCGGAAUAAAUUUGAAAUGCGCAAUGAGGACUUCUACCGCCGCUUUGCACAGGUCAUGCUGCGCCGCUACGCCAACCAGCCGACACCUCCUGCCUCUGUAGAUGAGGCGUUCACUGUGGGCAUCCAUCCCUCCUUCUCCCACUUCAUCCAGUAUCUCCUGGACCCUCAGACAGAGAAGGAGAUGCCCUUUAAUGAGCACUGGCGGCAGGUGUAUCGCCUUUGCCAUCCAUGCCAGAUUCAGUAUGACUUUGUGGGCCAUUUGGAGACGGCAGAAGAGGAUGCCGAGCACCUACUACGUCAGUUGAGGGUGGACAAUGUGGUGGAGUUCCCCACUUCUCAUAGGAACCUUACAGCCAGCAGCUGGGAGACCGACUGGUUCAGCACAGUACCCAUUGAGGCCCGGAAGGAACUCUACAAGCUGUAUGAACCUGACUUCAGGCUCUUUGGCUAUGACAAACCAGACUCCAUCCUCAAUGAGUGAUGUUCAAAACUGACUAAGCCACACAGAGGUUUUUUAUGUGAUAAAAUAAUGCUACACUCUAACAACAGUGACACCUCCCUUAGUCAUGUGCUUUGCAGAUGUGUUCUCCAGUCUGGUCUAUACUACACUGAAUGUGCACAUUAUUAAGGACACUCACUCCUCCAAGGAAGCACAUUAAUGCAGCAAAAUCAGGUAAUAGCCAUUAUCCAUUACUGUUUGUCAAUUAAAUCUUUACCAAUCACAAAGAUAACAAGAAGCACACAAGUUAGAGUGGGACAGUUGGAAUGUGGAUUGUGCAACAUACAGCUGCAAGAGGAUAUUAGCAGGUGUCCCUAAUAAUCUGUACAUUCAGUGUGGUCUUUGAUUCAAACCUCCAUGCAGAGUGUUUUGUACUCCCAGCUCUGAUGUCACGCCAUGCCUGUGGUUUGGGACAUCACAGUUCUGCUGGGACUAACUGUGAUGACCUCACAGGCUUUGUAGCAGGAAGUUGCGAAAUAAACCUUUGCUGAAGUGAUGUCACAGAGCCAUAUGCUAUGUUUGCGAUGUCAUAGAAACCGCUUUUGGUUGUGAUGCCACAAUAGAUGCUGUGGACGGGACCUGGGGAAGCGG